AUGCUAUAUCUCCAUUUGAUACACAACCGAGUACUUGUGUUCAGCAUCGAUGAUAUCGAGAAACUUCGAUCUUUAGGCAUUGUUGGGGUUCUUGUAGGAACCCUACCUAAAGCUCCGCAACAGAACGUCUUUCUUGGUGUCCCUAUACAACUAAGUGUCUACGAGGUACUAUGGCUCAUUGAUAACGGCCACGCCAUUCUUAUAGAGAGUGCUUCAUAUCACGAGAAGCUAAUGGAGGAUUCGACGCCAGAAAUGAUAAACAAGGGCAAUACUGUUCGCUUGGAGGGCCCUUCCAACUCGCGAUAUGUCAUUACUCCCAAUGAGCUGCCCAACGAAAUUGGCUUAGACCCAUCUCAGUUUCAGGUCUCAAGGGAUGAGUUCUUGAACCGCCAACCUAAAUCGGACGACAACUUCUUGGAGAAAUAUAGUGCCUUCAAGAAACUACGCAAUAUGGGCCAUUACCUUAUGCCUGGUCUCCGUUUCGGUGGCACGUUUGUGAGUUAUCCAGGUGAUCCGUUAAGAUUUCAUUCCCACUUGAUCGUCAAGUGUGUGAAGCCUGAUGAAGAAGUGAGCCUUAUUGAUAUCGUAACGGGAGGUCGUUUGGCUACUGCAGUGAAGAAAGCUUGGGUUCUAAUAUCACCAUCGGAGGGCUCAGAAGAGGACGGUGCUGGUAAUGCCUUUUCUAUAGAAUGGGCAGGGUUCGGUUAA